AUGAAGGUCUUGGCGUUGGCCAGGAAGGGCAGCCUCCUUCUGAUGCUUCUCCCCAGCCUGAUGCCAGUGUCUGGUCUGGUGGCCAUCAAAGUGCCUCUGAAAAAUGUCCCAGGCCCCGGAGCGGUCCUUCCAUCCAGAGAGAGGAGGUCAGCGGAGGAUGAGACCAACUUCAUGGACAUGAAGGACAACCUGCGAGGAAAGUCCGGCCAGGGCUACUAUGUGGAGAUGAGGGUGGGCACUCCUCCCCAGACGCUUAAUAUUCUAGUUGACACUGGAAGCAGUAAUUUUGCUGUGGGCGCAGCUCCUCAUCCCUUCUUGAAAAGAUACUACCAUCGUCAUAGGUCCAGAACAUACAGAGAUGUCAGAAGAGGAGUGUAUGUUCCAUACACUCAGGGAAAAUGGGAAGGGGAAUUGGGAACGGACUUGGUUACAAUUCCACAUGGGCCCAAUGUUACUGUUGUAGCAAAUAUUGCAGCCAUCACUGACUCUGACAAAUUUUUUAUCAAUGGUUCCAACUGGGAAGGAAUUCUUGGACUUGCAUAUGCUGAAAUUGCAAGGCCGGAUGACACUCUGGAACCUUUCUUUGACUCUCUUGUAAAGCAAACACGGGUACCCAACAUCUUUUCUCUGCAGCUUUGUGGGACAGCAUACCCUAUAAAGGACAGCAAUGUUUCUGCUUCUGUGGGCGGAAGUAUGGUGAUUGGAGGAAUUGAUCCAUCCUUAUAUGUGGGCAAUAUCUGGUAUACACCAAUCAGAAAAGAGUGGUACUAUGAGGUCAUCAUUGUAAAAAUUGAAAUUAAUGGACAGGAUUUGAUGAUGGAUUGUAAAGAGUACAACUAUGAUAAAAGCAUUGUGGACAGUGGUACAACCAAUCUUCGUCUGCCAAAACGUGUUUUUGAUGAAGCUGUAAAAGCCAUUAAGGCCGCUUCUUCGACAGAGAAAUUCCCUGAUGGAUUCUGGAUGGGGGAACAGUUAGUUUGCUGGCAGGAGGGUACUACACCAUGGAACAUAUUUCCCGUGAUAUCCCUUUAUCUAAUGGGUGAAGCUGCCAAUGAAUCUUUCCGCAUCACCAUCUUGCCGCAGCAAUACCUGCGCCCUGUGGAGGACAUAGCCACAUCUCAGGAUGACUGUUAUAAAUUUGCAGUGUCUCAGUCUUCUACUGGCACAGUAAUGGGUGCGGUCAUCAUGGAAGGCUUCUAUGUUAUUUUUGAUCGUGCACAGAAACGGAUUGGCUUUGCUGUCAGCACAUGCCAUGUGCAUGACUUUUCUCGCAAGGCUUCUGUGGACGGUCCAUUCUAUGCCUCUAACUUAGAAGACUGCGGCUAUAACACUCCACAGCUGGAUGAGUCUGCUUUGAUGACUACGGCCUAUGUGAUGGCCGGCGUGUGUGCCCUGUUUAUGCUGCCCCUUUGUCUAAUGCUCUUCCAGUGGCGUUGUUUUCGCUGCCUAAGACAAUCACAAGAUGAUUUUGCUGACGAUAUCUCCCUGCUGAAAUAG